CGGAAGAAGAUUGAGACGAACAGGAAGUAGGGAGGGGGCAAGCGGAGGAAAAUAUUCUGGUCCCUGUUGUACGGUCUUUACAUAGUGCUCUUCCUUCUCCUAUUGUGCGUAUAACGUUCCUGCUUUUUCCUCUUUCACGCGCAGAUUUCUCGCAGGGGUGGUGCUAGUAUGUCACGGCGGCGGCGGCACAGCGACGAGAGCGAUGGGCAAGCUCACAAAAGGAGGAGAACAUCUGAGCCAUCUGAAAUUGAAGAGAGACUUGAAUCUUUAAUAUGCAGAGUGGGAGAGAAGAGUACUUCCUCUCUGGAGAGCAACUUGGAGGGUCUAGCUGGUGUCUUGGAAGCUGAUCUACCAAACUAUAAAAGCAAGAUAUUAAGAAUUCUUUGUACUGUUGCACGUCUAUUACCAGAAAAGCUUACCAUUUACACAACGUUAGUUGGGCUGCUGAACGCCAGGAACUACAACUUCGGUGGGGAAUUUGUAGAAGCCAUGAUUCGUCAGCUCAAAGAAUGUUUGAAAGUCAACAUGUAUAAUGAAGCUGAGUACUUAGUUCGUUUUCUAUCUGAUCUUGUGAAUUGUCACGUAAUAGCUGCACCUUCAAUGGUAGCCAUGUUUGAGAACUUUGUGAGUGUGACACAGGAGGAAGAUAUACCACAAGUACGAUGUGAUUGGUAUGUGUUUGCAUUUCUGUCAUCUUUGCCUUGGGUUGGAAAGGAGUUGUAUGAGAAGAAAGAUGCUGAAAUAGAUCGCCUCUUGUCCCACACAGAAAGCUAUCUGAAGCGUCGCCAGAAGAUUCAUGUACCCAUGUUACAAGUUUGGACUGCUGAUAAACCACAUCCACAAGAAGAGUACCUGGACUGCCUUUGGGCCCAGAUUCAGAAGUUGAAAAAAGACCGUUGGCAAGACAGACACAUUCUGAGGCCUUACCUUGCCUUUGACAGUAUUCUUUGCGAAGCAUUGCAGCACAACCUGCCUCCAUUCACUCCUCCGCCUCACACUGAAGAUUCAGUGUACCCAAUGCCAAGGGUUAUUUUUCGGAUGUUUGACUACACAGAUGACCCAGAGGGCCCUGUCAUGCCUGGCAGUCAUUCUGUUGAAAGAUUUGUAAUAGAAGAAAACCUCCACUGCAUCAUCAAAUCCCACUGGAAAGAGAGAAAGACUUGGCAUCAAAACAUGAGUGAGUCCCAAGUGGUCUGUCCAGCAGUUGGGCACCAAGAUGGCUGUAUCUAGGUAAUCUGUUCAAGAUGACUUGAAUUGACAAGGACAAGGGAUUCCCACCAGCUACUGAGUCCUCCUUAUGUCUCCUGGGUUGUUCUUCAUUUGGCAGCUGUGUGUUGGUUUGGGGCCUUUUUGUAUGCUUAAGGAGUUGACAAGUAGUUGCAAUCUUUUGUCUUUCUAUCCUGUGUUGGACACCUCUGAGAGUCAGUAGGAUUUGCUCACUGUUUCUGUUCUGUAUCUCCUUAUCUGUGUGUCUUAUGGCUCCUACCCUCUUCUAUCUUCCCACCAUUAUCUCUUAAUGGAUUGAAUCUUUUAGUCUGGAUGUGGGCUAUCACUUCUUUUAGGCUGCCCUUCCUUUCCCCAAGUUUGGUAUCCUGAUAAGUUGCAGGUAGAGGUGUGCUAGGAUCUUGAUGACCUGUAAAUCUAGGUGACAUUAACAUAUGCUCUUAUAGCCUGUCAGGGAGCCACAAGGGUAGGGUGCCCUGCAAGGAAAGGGGAGCCGAGGGUGACCCCAGCACAGGCAGGGCAGUGGCCGCACUGGCAGGGUGCAGUCCCUCAGGACCCAAUCAAGAGCAGAGCGGGUCCGUGACGAUAACCAGGGUCAAGCACAGUCCGGUGAUCACCAGGCAAGUCUGUAGUGAUGAGGCAGGGCUGAGGUCGAGUCAGUGGGUCAGAAUCGGGGAGGUAAAAGCUCAGGUGUAGGCAUAGCCGCAACACAACUGCAGUGUAGCUCAUGCAGGGCCAGGUGCAAGAACCUCAGCUUAAAAGCAGC